CUUGUAGCCGAAGUGAUAACUUAAAAACAAUUCAAAACGUAUUCUAAUUCAUGUUUUGUUCAUGGGUCUAUCUAGUGAUAUGGCUGAUGAAGGAUUCCAACUCCUUUCGAGAAAUUCCACCUUCCUCAGUAGCCUGACGAACAGCACUUCCUAAUUCCUCUGCCCUUUUCCUCAUCAUUUCCCCUUCCUCAGAAGCCAUUAGUGUCCUCAGAGCUUCUUUAAUGACCGGUGCUGUAAUUAAUUCUUCUCUGUGUGACCACUACCUUACAACCAAACCGAUCUUCAACACCUGUGUCACCAGUGUAGCGUUCCUUGGCUGGUCGGAGUGCAUGGGCCAUGCUGCUAUUGGCACCCCUGCGCUAAUGCUCUCCAAACAUGAACCCCACCCACAAUGACUCAGGAAACCUCCAGUAGAUGGGUGCUUCAGGAUUUCAGCCUGAGGUACCCACCCUCUCACCACCAUCCCCUCUCCUUCCGUUCUCUCUUCGAACCCUUCUGGAAGCUCUGGACUCUGAUCUUCUUCCACAAAGACAUCUCCUCGAUCGGCAUAUCUGAGCACCCAGAUGAAUCUGAUCUUGCUUUCUUCUAUCCCAACUGCCAGUUCUGUAGUCUGUUCCUUUACAAAAGAACUCGUGGUCCCGAAGGAUAUGAAGUUUUGGACAGAUUUCAAAUGAAGAACUGCAAUUCUGUCACUACACCAGUUGACAAAGGUGUAAAGCUCGUGAAAGAUCCAGGAGGCAAAUCUGUGGACAACAAACUGUAUAAGCAGAUUGUUAGAAGUCUGAUGUAUCUGACAGCAACAAGACCAGAUAUAAUGCAUGAUUUUGGACUAUUCUACAAGAAAGGUGACCAGACAGAUCUCGCAGGCUUUACAGACAGUGAUUAUGCUGGAGAUCUGGAUGACAGAAAAAGCACUUCUGGGUUUGUUUUUAUGUUGGGAUUUGGUGCAAUUUCAUGGUCUUCAAAGAAGCAGCCCAUUGUGACUUUGUCCACAACAGAAGCAGAAUAUGUGGUAGCAACUUCUUGUGCUUGUCAAGCUAUUUGGUUGAGAAGAAUUAUGGAAGAACUUGAGUUGAAUCAACAUGAGGCCACUUCAAUUUAUUGUGAUAAUAGUUCAGCCAUCAAACUUUCUAAAAAUCCAGUUUUGCAUGGGAGCAGCAACCAUAUACAUGUGAGAAUUCAGUUUGAGGGAGGGUUUGCAGAUUCCAGAUCUGCAGAUAUGGUGUUAUCCAGAUUUCUUUAAAUUAAAGUCUGAAGACUUUU